ACCAAUUUGUUAUCUGGGUUUGAUUAGAUUUUCGUUAAAGAUGACGAGAAAGUGUUCUUAUUGCAAUAACAAUGGACAUAAUUCAAGAACAUGUCCGAAUAGAGGAGUUAAGAUAUUUGGAGUUCGUUUAACAGAUGGUUCGAUUAGAAAGAGUGCUAGUAUGGGGAAUUUGUCUCAUUAUAAUUCAAACCCUAAUUUGAAUGCUUUGGUCGGAGGUGGAGGAAAUCAUGAUUUAUCCGGUGAUUAUACGCCGGACCACGCCGUCGGAAACGGUUAUGCAUCCGAAGAUUUUGUUGCUGGUUCUUCUUCUACUUCGAGGGAAAGGAAGAAAGGCGUUGCAUGGACGGAAGAGGAACAUAGGAUGUUCUUACUCGGCUUACAUAAAUUAGGAAAAGGCGAUUGGCGUGGAAUAUCGAAAAAUUAUGUUGUUUCAAGAACACCUACUCAAGUAGCUAGUCACGCACAAAAGUAUUUCAUUAGACAAACCAAUGUUUCCAAGCGAAAGAGACGAUCCAGCCUCUUCGACAUAAUACCUAACGAUGUGGGAGACAAUACUACUCCGAUAGUGCCUCAUGAUUUCUUUCCCGACAUUGUUCCCAAACCUGACACAAUUGUUCCGGUUCAAGUUUCAUCGCCUCCUACGAUAAACGAAGAGGUAGUAGAAUCAAUGGAUUAUACCAACACAAACCAAAGGGAGCCUAGUUAUUAUCAAUUUUUAUAUCCUACAUUCGUGCCUUCCUUUAUUCCUUAUCCGGUUCCUAUAUGGCCAGCUUAUGGUCAAGAGCCCGAGACUCAUCAAGUGGUUAGACCUAUAGCAGUGCAUUCUAAGAAACCGAUAAAUGUGGAUGAGUUUGUUGAAAUAUCGAAACUAAGAAUCGGUGAAUCUAAUGAGGAAGAAGAUGAUCAGUCUCUUUCGCUAAAUCUAUUUGAGGGUUCUUCAAGGCAAUCGGCUUUUCAUGCAAAUUCGAAUCCCAGGAAAUCAAAUGUGGAUUCGAGUAGCAAUGCAAUUCAUGCUAUUUAGGUUUUUUUUUGUUCUUGGUGGAAUUUUUUGACUAAUAGUAGUAGAAGAAGAAUGGUAAAAUAGGGAAUUAAUUGGAAUAGGAUUUGAAAAUGAAUUUUGGUACAA